AUGACCGCCGUCAACUCACUCAAUAUCCCCUCGCUUCGUCUCGACGAUGACAACCCUUCCCUGAUAACCUUUGAACCAUUCACCCUCCCCGCAACAAACCAAAGAAUCCUCGGCGCCCCUCACCCGCCAAAUACGACCAUCCCGCUUGCACUGCGGCCCUCCUCCUCUCCGGAGGCCCCAGUGACUCUCGAAUCCGCAAUCUCCACAAUAAAGCACCUCCAACGCACCAAAACCCUAACAACCCUCCUAUCCCGCCACGGCACCCUCCUCUUCCGAAACCUCCCCAUCCACAGCGCCUCCGAUUUCAGCGCCUUCGCCCACGCGUUCGGAUACACCCCCCACGAGAUAAUCGGUAUCGUCGUCGACAGACCGCUCCUCGCGCCCAACGUCGCCCCCGCAAACGAAGCGCCCCACCACGUCCGGAUCUACAACCACAACGAGUCCCCUCAGGUCCCGCAUGCGCCAGAGUAUAUCUUCUUCUGGGCGAAGAAGGCGCCUGAGAUUGGUGGGGAGACGCCGAUAAGUUCGAGCUUGGAACUCUUCCGCAGAGCCCAGGUCGAGAUUCCCGAGUUUGUGGAUCUCCUUGCCAAGAAGGGGAUUCUUUCGAAGGUUACGUAUAAAGUUGGACGACAGUAUGUUGGUGGAUCGACGCUGAGAGAGGCGUUUGGGAAGGAGAUUGUUGAUGGGGACGAUGAGGAGACGCAGAAGAGGAAGAUUGAGAAGCAGAUUGCGCGGUAUGGGCGCGGGGAGUAUACAACUUUCGAGUGGACGGUCGAUGAAGACGGGAAAGAGACGCUGAUCCUCACACACCGACUCCCCGUUAUCCGCACACAGCCCGGAACAAAUAUCCCUACCCUGUUUACAGGCUUAGCGGCGUACUACAAGAACAAGCUCGACGCGGAGAAGAGGACGGGUGCAGGACGGAAGAACAUCGCCGUGCAGCUUUUCGGGGACGGGACUCCCAUCCCGGAAGAGUACCUGGAGGUUUUGGCGCGCAUUACAGAUGAGAUUCGGGUGCUGCACAAGUGGCAGGAGGGGGAUGUUCUUGUGUAUGACAAUAUUAUCGCGCAGCAUGGGAGGGAGCCGUGGGAGGGCGAGCAAAGCGAUCGAGUCGUCUUGGCCAGUCUGUUUGAUGGUGAGCAGGUGCCCGGGGCGUAUGGGUUUGGGGGCUGGGCGCAGGUGGUGCAGGCGUUGGAGGGGUAG